GACAAGGGAGAGAUUUCAGCACUGGAGCUGUCCACGCAAUCUUUUUUGACGGACUCGCAUCACUCUUAUCACCUAUGCUAUAGGUUAUUUCGAUCACAUUUGCACUAUAGAUUUGUAAGUGAGGCUAUUUGAGUGAGUGUCACGCAUACAUAAAAUACCAUUCAAUGCAUUGUGGUAAAGAAACACGAGUAAGCUAAACCCGCACAGCGCCUACUUUUCAUUCAAUCGAAGCCUUGAAAUGCUGGGUAGCCGUGCGUGAGGCACAAGAAAAAAGGAAUUCUCAAGUCACGGUGGAGAGUUGUCCGAUUUUUAUCUCAGUCAUGGGAGUGCUCAUGUCUAAGAAGCAUCAGGUGGAGAAGGUGCAGAAAUGCACCUCGGUCGUCUCCGCCUUUCAGGGAGGGGUAAAGGAACGCGCCCCAUCCACAACAAACCAGGAGGAAGGAUCCAAAGAGGAAAGAGAAGGGCCGACUGAAGCCUCGCCACCACCGAACCUGGAGGAGAAGGAGGAGGCAGAGCACAGAGAGGCAGACAGCAAAGCGGGGCCCUCAGGGAACUCCCAGCAGGCUGCAACUCCGGCCCCCACCAGGGACGAGUGUAAGGUCAACCAGGAGGCCUGGAAUAGGUUACGGGACGGGAAGGGGGUGGAGCCUGAGGAUCUGGACAAGACCGGCCAUCAGCUCACCCCAACUGCCUUUGUACGUCCCAAGAGAGAUGCCAACGUUGACCAGCCUAUGGAGAUAGCACUGGGACAGAGAGAGCAGCCGGUGAACGAUGAGAUGUGUGAGGUGUGUGAGGUGUGGACGGCCGACGACCUGUUUCCCUGCAGGACCUGCACACGGGUCUUCCAUGAUGGCUGUCUGAGUGAAAUGGGCUACCUGCGUCCCGAACUCCUGCAGGAGAUGAGGGAGACAGCUCACACCGCGACAGGCUGGAGCUGUUACUACUGUGACAACGUGAACCUGCUCCUGACUGAAGAGGAGAUGUACAGCCUGAUGGAAACCUUCAAGCAGUGCAAGAUCAUCCCUGAGUCGUGCCUGGUGUCAGAUGAGCUGCUGCAGUACCGCCACUUUGUGUCCAAGCAACUGUUUGAGAAGGACCUCUCUGAUGAACAGGAGGAGGAGGUGUUGGCCCAAUUCGCUGCCCUGGACCCGGAGAAAAGGGGCCAGAUCGAGUGGUCUGACUUCCUCUACCACGAGUCCCUGGAAGUGCUCAAGAAGUUCCGCACAGAGAACUCCUUGGUGCGGCUGUUGAGUGCUAAGGAGCGGGACCAUGUGCGGUCAGUGUUCAUGGGUUUGGACCUGGAUAAAGACAGUGUGGUCACAGGAGCAGAGACCCGCUGGGCCCAGCAGUCCUGGUUUCAGAAGCUCAGCAAGGAGUCCCAGUCCUGCAAUGUGAGUAUUAGCCAUGUUGGCCCAAUAUCUGACAGCAGCCCAGCCAGCUCCAGCAGUGAGAGAAGCACUCAGAAAGAUGACAGACCAGUGAGCUGGGAUGACUUCCUGAGGGAGAGUGCCAUCUACAUCCUCGCUGCCCGGCCCAACAGCUCGGCAAUGCAUAUCCGUCUGCCCCUAUAGCCCCAGCGGCCUCACCUUGCCUGGGCCGGGCCCCACCAUAGAGAGAAGGCCACCCCUGGAAGUCCCUGUGUAGGACAGGUGGAGAGCCGGUACCAUUGCACUGUAGGGGAAUACUGUACCACUCAGAGACUGGACAGAAUAAGCCAUCAACAGAUCUCUUGCUUCACACCAUAGAUCAAUGACCAACUGACAGCAACAAUCAACGGCCAACUAACACCAACAGUCAACGACCCACUGACAACAACAAUCAAUGGCCUACAAGUACUUACUGAGGGUAAAAUGAUAAACAACCUGACAACACAAGCUGACAAUCCACUGGUUAUAGAUACUCCUGAAACACAGGAUAAAAAGCAACAGCCCAUUUUCAACACAAGCCAACAAUUCACUGAUGCUUUGAAGACUCGGGGUAUCCUGGUAGGCACACAUUCCCUUAAACGAUAACUACUAUAUACAGUCAAUUUGUCAUGCUACAGUCUUACAUACCUCUGUAUGUUCAAUUCAAUUGGAUUAGAAUGACAAUGAUAGGCUGUCUUAUGCUAUCACAUAUCCUGCUAUUGGGUAAAGCAUCAUAUUUGGAUCAGCUUCUGUAUUGGAACACUGUUUUGUAUCAUACUUGUUGAUCAUAAAAUAGUAUCUGUCAUUUAGGGAGAUUUUGAAGCCCCUUCAAAUCUUGGUUAAUGAGUGUAUAGGACUGACUGUGCAACUGCUCCAGAUCAGCACAUGUACCAAACAGGAAUAACAGCUAUCCGCAUACAUAAUAUUACAUAUGAAGACAUGCCAUACAUACAAGUAUAAUGACAUAUUAUUAUGCAUUAAAAAGCUCUAUUUAUUCCUGUA